AUGUCGACUGCUCUAUCCCCGUUACAAACCUUCCUGGCGUACGUGCAAGAAGCCACAGGGCUUGCUCCGUCAACAACAGUCUCGUUAUUAGUCCUCAUCGCGUCGAUCAUCUACGUCAUCUUCUCGUACGUUCAGCAGCGCGCAGCGCCUGUUCCGCCGCCUGUCCCGGGCCCACCGGAGCCGAUUAAAAUAGGGGAAAUUACCCUCGAGGAGCUAAGCCAGUACAGCGGCAGCGACCCGGAGAAACCGAUCCUUCUGCUUCUCCCUCACUCUCCCUUCCCUUCUUCGUGUAAUCACUCUCCCUCCCCUUCUCCCUCUCUCCCCCUCCCUUUUUCCGUCCCCUUCUUCCUCCGCUCCCACCUCCCCUUCUCCCUCCUCUCCGCGAUCCCCGAGGCACUAACGCUUGAAUUGUUUGCAGGGACGGAGGCGAGCCGGGCCUUUGCCAAGAUGCACUUCUACGGUCCAGGAGGUCCCUACGAGGUGUUUGCAGGGAAGGAGGCGAGCCGCGCGUUUGCCAAGAUGUCAACCGAUCCCAAGGACGCGGUGGGGGAUUUGACCGGGCUGACCUAUUCUGAAAUGGAGACCCUGAGGGACUGGGAGUCGUCUUUGCAGUUCAAGUAUGAUGUGGUGGGGUCGGUGAAAGGGAGUGGGGGAGGCGUGGGGGGAGGGGACGCAGCAGGAGGUGCAGGGGGAGCAGGGGAGACACAAGGAGAGGGAGGAGGGGCAGAAGCUGAUGCAGGUACAGUAGCAGCAGAAGGGGAGGGUGGGGAAGGAGAGGAGGGAGGGGAGAAAGGAGCUGGUGGUGAUUAG